UAUCCUUACAAUUUUGCCUUUACUUAUUUGUUCAUAUUCCACUAUUCUUUGGCUUCGACAAUGGCAGCUCUGGAUUCCUCAGCCAUUAAUCCUCUCCUUACUCCAUACAAGAUGGGGAAGUUCAAUUUAUCACACAGGGUUGUGUUGGCGCCACUCACCAGACAGAGGUCCUACAACAAUGUUCCACAGCCCCACGCUGUUUUGUACUACUCCCAAAGAACCACCAGGGGCGGCCUUCUCAUUGCGGAGGCCACCGGCGUCUCUGACACUGCUCAGGGCUAUCCCCACACACCCGGAAUAUGGACUAAGGAGCAAGUGGAAGCAUGGAAACCCAUCGUCGAUGCUGUUCAUGCCAAGGGCGGCAUCUUCUUCUGCCAGAUUUGGCAUGUUGGAAGAGUUUCUGAUUCAAGUUAUCAGCCGAAUGGGGAAGCUCCAAUAUCUUCCACUGACAAGCCACUCACACCACAAAUCAGAAGCAAUGGCAUUGAUGUAGCACAGUUCACACCACCUAGGAGGCUAAAAACGGAAGAAAUUCCUCUUAUUGUCAAUGACUUCAGACUUGCUGCAAGAAAUGCUAUAGAAGCUGGUUUUGAUGGGGUUGAGAUCCAUGGAGCUCAUGGCUACUUACUCGAACAAUUUAUGAAAGACAAAGUGAAUGAUCGAACAGAUAAAUAUGGUGGAUCCCUUGAGAACCGUUGUCGAUUUCCGUUGGAAGUUGUUGAAGCAGUUGUGAAUGAGGUAGGAGCUGAAAGAGUUGGAAUUAGGCUAUCACCUUAUGCAGAGUAUGCAGAGUCUGGAGACUCCAACCCUGAAGCAUUGGGGCUUUACAUGGUUAAUUCACUCAACAAAUAUGGUAUUCUCUACUGUCACAUGGUUGAACCGAGGAUGAAAACUGUUGGAGAAAAGGUGGAAUGCCCUCACAGUUUGGUGCCAAUGAGAAAGGCCUUCAAUGGCACUUUCAUUGUUGCUGGAGGGUAUGACAGAGAGGAUGGGAUCAAAGCCAUAGCUGAACACAGGGCAGAUCUUGUUGCUUAUGGUCGUUGGUUCUUGGCUAAUCCUGAUUUACCAAAGAGAUUUGCACUUAAUGCCCCUCUUAACAAGUACAAUCGCCAAACGUUCUAUAUUCCUGAUCCGGUUAUUGGUUACACUGAUUAUCCAUUUCUAGAAUAAAAGAAACCAAUAAUUUAAAGACAAUAGGCUUGUCUUUCCCUUAGCUUGCACAUUAAGAAUGAUGAUGCUUAAUAUAAUUUUUAUCACAGCUUAGAAUCUAGUUCAUUUUGUGCAAGGUUCAUGAUUGUUUAAAUGUGAUAUGUACUCUAUUAUUUGGCUUGUAAUAAUAUCAGUAAUAUCAGUAUACAGCAAUGACAAGAAAAUGUUGGCAAAUGAAUAUCAUGGGAUGAUUGCCAUGAGUUGUUUGACCACACGUUUGACCUC